AUGAUUUGUUGGGGGCGUGUUAUUGUAUUUACACUACUUGCACUUUCAUGUUUGAUUGUUGAUGUGAGCUUAAGGCCUGUCACAUAUGCAACCAAAUUACCAUCAGAAGUAUUGGAUUUCAAUGGUGAUUCUGGUAAUAAUGCUAGUUGUAACACUAAUUUCCGCGGAAAGAGAUGGGCAAUUCUAAUUGCUGGUUCAAAUGGUUACCAGAAUUAUAGACAUCAGGCUGAUGUAUGUCAUGCAUAUCAAAUAUUGAAGAAAGGUGGGUUAAAAGAUGAGAACAUCAUUGCUUUCAUGUAUGAUGAUAUUGCAUCUGACGAAGACAACUUUAGGCCUGGUGUGAUUAUCAACAAACCAAAUGGGGAUGAUGUUUAUAAAGGAGUGCCCAAGGAUUAUACAGGGCAACAUGUUAAUGUAAACAACUUUUAUGCUGUUAUUCUUGGAAACAAAAGUGCCCUCACAGGUGGUAGUGGUAAGGUUGUGGAUAGCGGACCAAAUGACCAUAUUUUCAUAUAUUAUACCGACCAUGGAGGUCCUGGUGUCCUAGUGAUGCCAAAUGGUGAAUACGCUUAUGCCAAUGAUCUUAACAAUGUGUUGAAGAAGAAGCAUGCAGCAAAAGCUUACAAAAGCAUGGUAUUUUACCUUGAAUCUUGUGAGUCUGGGAGUAUUUUUGAAGGCCUUCUUCCAGAUAAUUUGGACAUAUAUGCAACUACAGCAUCAAAUGCAACUGAGGAUAGUUUUGCAACAUAUUGUCCUGAUGAACCUGGAGCUCCUGAGGUGGAAUAUAACACAUGUUUGGGAGACUUAUAUAGUAUUUCCUGGUUGGAGGAUAGUGACAAACAUUAUCUACGCAAGGAAACGUUGCAGAAGCAAUAUGAAGUGGUUCAAAGGAGAACAGAAAAAGGUGAUGGUUUUUCACAUCAGGGUUCUCAUGUAAAGCAAUAUGGAGACAAAAAGCUAAGUAAUGAAUGCCUCUACUUUUACAUGGGUACAAAUCCUGCAAAUGAUAACGAUACUUCUGUUGAAUAUGGUUCUUCACCAUCAACUCUGAGGGUUGUUAACCAACGUGAUGCGACUCUCCUUCAUUUCUGGCACAAGUACCGUAAAGCCCCUGUAGGCACCCAUAAAAAGCUUGAAGCUCAAAAGCAACUACAAGAUGAGAUUUCUUUAAGGAAGCAUGUGGACUACAGUAUAAAUCAUAUUGGAGAGCUUUUGUUUGGAAAUGGUAGUAGCUCAAAAGUGUUGGAGACUAUUCGGCCAAGUGGGCAGCCUAUUGUGGAUGAUUGGAAUUGUUUUAAGAUGCUUGUAAGUACAUAUGAGAAAUAUUGUGGAUCAUUAUCCAAAUAUGGGACGCAAUACUUGCGAGCAAUUGCUAACAUGUGCAAUGCUGGAGUUACCAUGGAGCAAAUGGUUACAACAUCAACUCAAACAUGUUCUUAA